AUCUCGCCCGCGCCCAACUGUUCAUUGCGUUCACAUCUUAAUUUCAUCAAAUUCGCAGCCUCCGUCGCCGGUCCAUUGGCGGGCUCUUCUUCUUCUGUUUUCGCCAUUUCGUUACUUGAUGCACUGAAAACUCGAAAGAGAGUUAUGGCAGCAGCGUCUUUUAAGUGGAUACUUCAAUUACACAAGGACGUUCCCAGAGCCGCAAGAUUCUACUCAGAGGGCUUGGACUUUACUGUUCAUGUCUGCACUCUUCGUUGGGCGGAGCUUCAGUCCGGGCCUCUCAAACUCGCUCUCAUGCAAUCCAAUGACCAUAUUGUGCAACAGAAGGGAUAUUCUUCGCUGCUAUCAUUCACGGUGACAGAUAUUAACAGCACGGUAACCAAAUUAAUGGCAAUGGGAGCUGAACUAGAUGGUCCAAUAAAGUAUGAAAUACACGGAAAGGUUGCAUCCAUGCGAUGUAUUGACGGUCAUAUGUUGGGCCUUUAUGAACCAGCAUAAGAGCUCAGAAUUAACGUUCUUAAAUACUAGCAACAUAUGGAGGCAGCAGUGUGCUUAUGGUUUCUUCAGCUCCACCAAAGGCAAGGAGAAGACAUGGGAUAUCACAUUUUCCUUCAGAUUUCCUUGAAUAAUUGAUAGAGUUUGUUUGUCCAGUUCAAUUAGAGCUGUACACAGUGUGUAAAGUGUAGGGCCUGAAGACAUUAAGAAAAUGUUCAAUUGUAGGUUUAGAAGGACUAGGAAACUUAAAUCAUCUUGAUAUUUACCAGUCAUAUAGAUCGGAUACUUCUUGUCAUCCAUAUCUCCAAGAGUCGACAGGAAAUUAUUUUUUGAUACUUUUGGCUAGACAUCUGCUUGUUUCUGCCUGCUUGUGGAGUUUUCGUCUUGUACCUGUGUUUCAAAAGCUUAUCUUAUAUGAUCACUUGUCAUAUUUUAUUUUUGUUCUGUCAUGUAGCUACUAAUUCAAAAUUCAAUGUCACAGAGAAGGUUCUGAGGAGAAAUUUUACUGCUAAAGAAUAUAACUUAGUUUCUAUGAGAAGGCCAGGCUUAUGCAAUUGCAUGCUGCCAUUGCUUCAUAGGUGGAUUCUCCUGAUAUCCUUACCUGGUUAAUCUGAAGAUGGGUAUACAUAUUUGCAUGGAAAAAAUGGUGUAGCCCCAACCUCCUCGACUGAAAAUCUAAACCUUGAUGCUGUUUCUACAUUCACAAUUCUUCUUGUCUGAUCAUCUUUCAGGUUGUAACUGUGCCCAACGGAUACUCCGCUGAGCGAAUUUUCUGUAAAGAGAAUUGAACCCAUUGUUUCAUGUUUCAAAGUUGCGCUCGUAAGCUAGAACAUUUAUAAUAGAAGACAUUGUUGCAGGGUAUUGCAAAUAUUGCAUUCUCAAGGCGUGUAGAUUCAAAGGGAUCCCGGGAGAUAUAAAGUCAUCCAAUUGUCCCUGCUGCAACCUCUUCAUGGUUUGAGGCACUGAAUUCAAGAAUGAAUGGAUGACUAUAGUAUCAAAGCUUUACCCGUCCAUGAGUAU